UGACCUUCUCUUUUAUGCCAACAGAAAGAAACGGGAAUCACACAAUGCUUUUGACUUUAGCUAUCACACUCAUCGGCUCAGUUGUUGUCUUCGGGCAAUCUUCAAACCCUGAAUUUAGAGUACCAACCCAUAAGGCCUUUAAUUAUGCCUAUAUGUUGAGUGGUACAUUCAUUAACAUCAAUCAAGAAAACUCUUCUCAGAAUGGAGACCAAAAUGCUCUACCAUAUGAUAUAUUGGCUUUUACUAUUACGCCCGUUGUGGUCACAGCUUUGCAACCUGCUUUGACAUUCACAGUAGAUCAAUAUGUCAAUGGUCGACCAGCUCGUUAUCAUCUGAUGACUGUGUUUGAAGAUGAUGAAGGUUUAGUCAAUCUCAAACAUUAUAUUAUUCCAAAUAAUUUAACUGCCAGUGACGUUCCUAACCUGCAACUGGAGGACAUAGUGGAAGAGGCUGGAUGCACAGCGAAGUAUAGCACAGUGACAAACAAACUCUUUGUUGGGUAUUGGCCAGCCUGCACCCAAUAUGAAGUCAAUGUUCCACAACGCUAUGUAGUUACUAUAACUUGUGAGGCUUUCACAAUGUCAGUUCCAGCGACACAGAACCAACCAGAAAGUAGCUAUGACUUACCAUAUAUCAACUAUAAAAUUGAACAGUACCCACUUCCGGCAUCGGUGCUUGAACAAGCCGGCGACUUUCAACCAUCUUGUGCUAUAAAACCUGAAUGCUGAAAUGAAGUGUUCGACUCGAGAUAGAUUAUAAAUGAAACCGCUCAUUUGAAAUGGUGCUAUGACUGAAAUAUUCU